CGCAGCCUCUCGGAGAGUCAGAGCAGAAAGUUUGGCGGAGUUCAGAGGGAAGAGUCGGAGGAACAAACUUCUGCUUUUCUUUCUUUCCUUCCUUCACAUCUGUCCAUCAUGUCCGGAGCGGCUCUCUCCCUGGCCAAGAAGCGGGCCCUGGCCGCGGGCUUCGGCAGCAACUCCAACGCGACCCGGUACCUGAACCAGGACUUCAGGAACCUCCGGGCCCAGAGCCGCAGCUCCGGGAAGCUCUUCUGCGACCCCACCUUCCCGGCCGCCCCCGAGUCCCUGGGCUUCAACGAGCUGGGCCGCAGCUCCUACAAGACCCGCGGCGUCACCUGGAAGAGACCCACGGAGCUGGUCUCCAGUCCAGAGUUCAUUGUGGGCGGAGCCACCAGGACAGACAUCUGCCAGGGAGCGCUGGGUGACUGCUGGCUGUUGGCGGCCAUCGCCUCCCUGACGCUGAACGAGGAUGUGAUGGCCAGAGUCGUUCCCACCGACCAGGGCUUCGGCGACGACUACGCCGGCAUCUUCCACUUCCAGUUCUGGCAGUUUGGAGAGUGGGUGGACGUGGUGAUCGACGACCGCCUGCCGGUCAAAGACGGAGAGCUGAUGUUCGUCCACUCGGCCGAGGGGAGGGAGUUCUGGAGCGCCCUGCUGGAGAAAGCCUACGCCAAGGUGAACGGCUGCUAUGAGGCGCUGUCCGGAGGCUCCACCACCGAGGGCUUCGAGGAUUUCACCGGCGGCAUCGCCGAGAGCUUUGACCUGCGACGCCCGCCGUCCAACAUGUUCCAGAUCAUCAGCAAGGCGCUGGAGGCCGGGGCGCUGCUGGGCUGCUCCAUCGACAUCACCAGCGCUGCCGACUCGGAGGCCGUCACCCGUCAGAAACUGGUGAAAGGCCACGCCUACUCGUUGACCGGCGCCGUAGAGGUGAACUACCGAGGCCGCAAGGAGAAGCUGGUGAGGAUGAGGAACCCCUGGGGUCAGGUGGAGUGGACCGGGGCCUGGAGCGAUGGGUCAUCAGAGUGGAACUACGUGGAAGGAGACGCGCCGCACGCCAACGCAGAGGACGGAGAGUUCUGGAUGUCCUUCAGGGACUUCCUGAACCACUACUCGCGCAUCGAGGUGUGCACGCUGACGCCCGACGCCAUCGGCGACGACUCCGUCAAACACUGGAGCGUCAGCAAGUUCGACGGCAGCUGGAGGCGGGGCUCCACGGCCGGGGGCUGCCGCAACAACCCCUACACCUUCUGGAUGAACCCUCAGUUCGUCAUCCGGCUGGAGGAGGAGGACGACGACCCGGACGACGGCGAGGUGGGCUGCAGCUUCGUGCUCGGGCUGAUCCAGAAGAACCGCAGGAAGCUGCGCAAGGCGGGAGAGGACAUGCACACCAUCGGCUUCGCCAUCUACGAGGUUCCACCACAGUUCCAGGGCCAGAGGGAGGUUCACCUGGACAAGAACUACUUCCUGACGCACGCGCAGACGGCGAGGUCCGAGACCUUCAUCAACCUGCGGGAGGUGAGCUCGCGCUUCAAGCUGCCGCCCGGAGAGUACCUGGUGGUGCCGUCCACCUUCGAGCCGCACCUCAACGGAGACUUCUGCAUCCGCGUCUUCUCCGAGAAGCAGAACGAGACCCAGCCCUGUGACGACCCCGUCAGCGCUGAACUGGAUGAUGAGGUGGUGUCUGACACGGAGGUGGACGCAGGAUUCAGAGGCCUGUUCACCAAACUGGCUGGAGAUGACAUGGAGAUCUCGGCUGUGGAGCUCAGGACCAUCCUGAACAAGAUCGUGGCCAAACGAACCGACAUCAAGACUGACGGCUUCAGCCCGGAGACCUGCAGGACGAUGGUCAACCUGAUGGACGACAGCGGCAACGGGAAGCUGGGACUCGGGGAGUUCGCCACGCUGUGGAAGAAGGUGCAGAAGUACCUGUCGAUAUACAAGAAGAACGACACAGACAACUCGGGGACGAUGAGCACACCAGAGAUGCGAGUUGCGCUGAAGGACGCAGGUUUCACUCUCAACAACACCAUCUACCAGAUGCUGGUGGCUCGGUAUUCUGAUCCUGACAUGACCAUCGACUUCGACAACUUUGUGGGCUGCCUGAUGAGAAUGGAGAUGAUGUUCAGGAUCUUUAAGAAGACCGACGUCGAUGACAGUGGAUCCAUAGAGCUGAACUUCGAGCAGUGGUUAACCUUCUCCAUGAUCUGAUUGGCCGCUUCAGCUCAGCCUCAAGUAUUCCCACAAUGCACCACAGUCCUGUUUGCCUGCCUGUCAUGUACUCUGUGUAUCUGAGUCUCUGUAAAUGACCCAAUAAACCUGAAACACACCUGAA